AUGCUGGAGUUGGUGGCGGCAUCGGUGCCGGUGCAGCUGGCGGUGCUGGUGGCGCCAUUGGAGGCGGUCUAUCAGGCGGUGCUCGAGGCAAUGUUGGUGGUGGAGCUGGCAUCAGUGCUGUCGGCGGAGUUGGUGCUGGUGCUAGUGGGGGAGUGCGAGACGGUCUCGGAGGCAUUGGAGGCAUCGGAGGCGGCAUCGGCGGGCAUGUUGGAGGCGGCGUUGGCGGUUCAGUCGGUGGCGGAGCAGCGGGCGGAGUUAAUGCUGGAGUUGGUGGCGGCAUCGGUGCCGGUGCAGCUGGCGGUGCUGGUGGCGCCAUCGGAGGCGGUCUAUCAGGCGGUGCUCGAGGCAAUGUUGGUGGUGGAGCUGGUAUCGGUGCUGUCGGCGGAGUUGGUGCUGGUGCUAGUGGGGGAGUGCGAGGCGGUCUUGGAGGCAUUGGAGGCAUCGGAGGCGGCAUCGGCGGGCAUGUUGGAGGCGGCGUUGGCGGUUCAGUCGGUGGCGGAGCAGCGGGUGGAGUUAAUGCUGGAGUUGGUGGCGGCAUCGGUGCCGGUGCAGCUGGCGGUGCUGGUGGCGCCAUUGGAGGCGGUCUAUCAGGCGGUGCUCGAGGCAAUGUUGGUGGUGGAGCUGGUAUCGGUGCUGUCGGCGGAGUUGGUGCUGGUGCUAGUGGGGGAGUGCGAGACGGUCUCGGAGGCAUUGGAGGCAUCGGAGACGGCAUCGGCGGGCAUGUUGGAGGCGGCGUUGGCGGUUCAGUCGGUGGCGGAGCAGCAGGCGGAGUUAAUGCUGGAGUUGGUGGCGGCAUCGGUGCCGGUGCAGCUGGCGGUGCUGGUGGCGCCAUUGGAGGCGGUCUAUCAGGCGGUGCUCGAGGCAAUGUUGGUGGUGGAGCUGGUAUCGGUGCUGUCGGCGGAGUUGGUGCUGGUGCUAGUGGGGGAGUGCGAGACGGUCUCGGAGGCAUUGGAGGCAUCGGAGGCGGCAUCGGCGGGCAUGUUGGAGGCGGCGUUGGCGGUUCAGUCGGUGGCGGAGCAGCGGGCGGAGUUAAUGCUGGAGUUGGUGGCGGCAUCGGUGCCGGUGCAGCUGGCGGUGCUGGUGGCGCCAUUGGAGGCGGUCUAUCAGGCGGUGCUCGAGGCAAUGUUGGUGGUGGAGCUGGUAUCGGUGCUGUCGGCGGAGUUGGUGCUGGUGCUAGUGGGGGAGUGCGAGGCGGUCUUGGAGGCAUUGGAGGCAUCGGAGGCGGCAUCGGCGGGCAUGUUGGAGGCGGCGUUGGCGGUUCAGUCGGUGGCGGAGCAGCGGGUGGAGUUAAUGCUGGAGUUGGUGGCGGCAUCGGUGCCGGUGCAGCUGGCGGUGCUGGUGGCGCCAUCGGAGGCGGUCUAUCAGGCGGUGCUCGAGGCAAUGUUGGUGGUGGAGCUGGUAUCGGUGCUGUCGGCGGAGUUGGUGCUGGUGCUAGUGGGGGAGUGCGAGGCGGUCUCGGAGGCAUUGGAGGCAUCGGAGGCGGCAUCGGCGGGCAUGUUGGAGGCGGCGUUGGCGGCUCAGUUGGUGGCGGAGCAGCGGGCGGAGUUAAUGCUGGAGUUGGUGGCGGCAUCGGUGCCGGUGCAGCUGGCGGUGCUGGUGGCGCCAUUGGAGGCGGUAUAUCAGGCGGUGCUCGAGGCAAUGUUGGUGGUGGAGCUGGUAUCGGUGCUGUCGGCGGAGUUGGUGCUGGUGCUAGUGGGGGAGUGCGAGGCGGUCUUGGAGGCAUUGGAGGCAUCGGAGGCGGCAUCGGCGGGCAUGUUGGAGGCGGCGUUGGCGGUUCAGUCGGUGGCGGAGCAGCGGGCGGAGUUAAUGCUGGAGUUGGUGGCGGCAUCGGUGCCGGUGCAGCUGGCGGUGCUGGUAGCGCCAUUGGAGGCGGUCUAUCAGGCGGUGCUCGAGGCAAUGUUGGUGGUGGAGCUGGUAUCGGUGCUGUCGGCGGAGUUGGUGCUGGUGCUAGUGGGGGAGUUCGAGGUGGUGUUGGAGGCAUUGGAGGCAUCGGAGGCGGCAUCGGCGGGCAUGUUGGAGGCGGCGUUGGCGGUUCAGUCGGUGGCGGAGCAGCGGGUGGAGUUAAUGCUGGAGUUGGUGGCGGCAUCGGUGCCGGUGCAGCUGGCGGUGCUGGUGGCGCCAUUGGAGGCGGUCUAUCAGGCGGUGCUCGAGGCAAUGUUGGUGGUGGAGCUGGUAUCGGUGCUAUCGGCGAAGUUGGUGCUACUGGGGGAGUGCGAGGCGGUCUUGGAGGCAUUGGAGGCAUCGGAGGCGGCAUCGGCGGGCAUGUUGGAGGUGGCGUUGGCGGUUCAGUCGGUGGCGGAGCAGCGGGCGGAGUUAAUGCUGGAGUUGGUGGCGGCAUCGGUGCCGGUGCAGCUGGCGGUGCUGGUGGCGCCAUUGGAGGCGGUCUAUCAGGCGGUGCUCGAGGCAAUGUUGGUGGUGGAGCUGGUAUCGGUGCUGUCGGCGGAGUUGGUGCUGGUGCUAGUGGGGGAGUGCGAGGCGGUCUUGGAGGCAUUGGAGGCAUCGGAGGCGGCAUCGGCGGGCAUGUUGGAGGCGGCGUUGGCGGUUCAGUCGGUGGCGGAGCAGCGGGCGGAGUUAAUGCUGGAGUUGGUGGCGGCAUCGGUGCCGGUGCAGCUGGCGGUGCUGGUGGCGCCAUCGGAGGCGGUCUAUCAGGCGGUGCUCGAGGCAAUGUUGGUGGUGGAGCUGGUAUCGGUGCUGUCGGCGGAGUUGGUGCUGGUGCUAGUGGGGGAGUGCGAGGCGGUCUCGGAGGCAUUGGAGGCAUCGGAGGCGGCAUCGGCGGGCAUGUUGGAGGCGGCGUUGGCGGUUCAGUCGGUGGCGGAGCAGCGGGCGGAGUUAAUGCUGGAGUUGGUGGCGGCAUCGGUGCCGGUGCAGCUGGCGGUGCUGGUGGCGCCAUUGGAGGCGGUCUAUCAGGCGGUGCUCGAGGCAAUGUUGGUGGUGGAGCUGGUAUCGGUGCUGUCGGCGGAGUUGGUGCUGGUGGAGGAGUUCGAGGUGGUGUUGGAGGUGGUGUAUCGGGUGGAUCGGAACGUGAUAUCACGGGUGGUGUUACCUUGGGAAGUGAAACAAACGUUUCCGGAUCUACUGAUGACAGCGAGGAGCUGCCUACGAUCGAUCAGAAGUCUGAGGAAUCGGACUCACCGACGACCCCGUGCCCCGAUGGCAGCGGCAAACCGCCUAAUGUCGACCAGAAGUCUGAGGAAUCAGAGUUGCCGAAGACCCCAUGCCCUGAUUCGGCCUCGGGUACUCCGCCCGUGA